ACAACGACACUCCACCUUCUUCAGCUCCUUCUCUCUCUAGAAUAAUUGGACGACUUCUCGAUAAUUCAAAUCAGUAAAGGCAUUUCCAUUUAUAGAGAUGCGCACAUGAUUUCUCUACUAAUUUUGAGCAAGCGUUAGUUAUGGCGUGAAUUUUUGUUGCGCGUAGGGCUCGCCGCACCAAUGAGCUGCUUUUUCAGCUGUUUUCGCGUCAAACACUCCGGCGCUAAUCCGGUUGCUCCUCCUCCGGAGCCUGCUGCGCCUCGGAGUAAAAAUGCGCUGUCGUCGCUGUUCCAGUGCGAUGACGGAACGCUUCGAAAAGGAGAGGAGUGUCAAAAUCGGUUGCCUAUCAGAGAUUUCAAGGAUGAGAAUAAGUUUUCUAAACCUAAAGGAACUUCAGUCGAAACGCCUAUCAAAGUCCGAAAAGCCUUGGAGAAAUGGGAGGAUGCAUCAGCUCAAAUGGAAGCGGAAAAGUUCGGUUCAUGGCUUCUCAAUGCAUCAAUGGAGAAACAGGAACUGGAGAAGCAAUCUAAUGAGUCUUCAGUGCUUGUUGCAUCAUGUUCUUUCUUAACCACUCCAAGCAGCUGCAUGACUGAUGGACAUUACGCUGGUGGAGUCUCGAGCAGCUCGGUCCAAAGAGUUGAUGUUCAUAAUGCAGUUGAAAUCCAUUCCGAACAAAGCAAAAAUGAAUCUGUUGAAUCUCACCAUGCAUCAGAUAGGUCAGCUAUUUCAUCAAUCUCUGCAGAGCAAUCUGCAUCAUCUGGAGCUCACAGUGUAACAAAGGCGUUACCAUAUCCAAACAUGGAGGAGUUAGACGGGGAAGAAUUGGGGGAUCAAGAUUCUGCUGUCAGUCACCAGGGACAACCAAACGAGACAAAGAAGGUAGAUUCGGUUAUAGAAGAGGCGGACGAUGAAGGAAGCUUAACUUCUUGGUUCAAGCCGAUUUCAGCCAAGCAAGAUGGUAGUAACAAACAACUUAGUUCCAUUUCUAGUCAAUGUAGGAAACCUCCUGCCGAUAGGCCUAUUCUGGGAAUGGUUGCAGCUCACUGGAACGAUGUUGAGGCGCCCAACGAUCCUCCUCCUCCUCCUAAAUGGUGGGAUGGGAAUGGAAUUCCAAAUUCCACUAACAAGUACAAAGAGGAUCAGAAAGUCAAUUGGCACGCGACGUCUUUUGAGGAGAGACUAGAAAAGGCACUGUCCGAAGAAUCUUUGAUUUCUCAGAGGAAGCCCACCACCAACAUCAGUACUCCAUUUGAGUUCAAUGAAACUGAUGAAUCUGAUACUGCCAUGUCACAUUUUCAAUCUUCAUCGCGUCCGAAAUCUGUUGUUUCGUUCUGAUGAAACGCACUGUGUUCUGUUGUGAGUCAAUCAUUGUUUGGUGUUGAUAAUGUUUCUUUCUUCAUUCUUCAUGAAAACCAUCUCUGAGUUUAUUUGAUCAAACUCUUAUCAUGAGCAUAAUGAGGUGAAGUUGCGAGUCAUUGCAAGAAAUGUUUGCUGCCAUUGUAGAUAAAAUUGUGGCUUUUUGUCUUUUGAGUUUUGCUCAGUUUGGAUUCAAAAAUAUUGGAUUGAUUGAUGAAUUGGGAUAUAUUGGUGAUUGAGCCAUUAGAUUUUA